AUGUAAGGUGAUUUGAGGAUCAAUUUGGAUUUCUAAGAAUAAGAAUCAUUUUAUUCUGAUGAAGAUGAAGAAGAAGAAGGAAUAAAGAACUAUCAAAUCGGUCGUUUUCAUCCAGUUUUUAUUGGAGAAGUAUUUCAUGGACGAUAUGUGGUGAUACAGAAAUUAGGAUAUGGGAAUUUUUCAACGGUAUGGCUAGCAAAGGAUUUCAAAACAAAUACCUUUGUGGCUCUAAAAAUAUAAAGGAGUGCUCCCUAAUCUUAGGAAGCAGCCCUUGAUGAAAUUGAGAUACUAUAAACCAUAUAAAGAAAAUCUCGGAACAUCAAUAUUGUUAAAUUAUUGAAUGUAUUUGUUCACAAGGGAAUUUUUGGUAAUCAUUAUGUGUUGAUUUUCGAAAUUCUGGGUCAAAAUUUAUUAGAGUUGAUAAGGAAUUGUGAUAACGAUGGCUUAAAUUUGGAAUAAUGCAAAUCUAUUAUCAAACAAAUUCUUAUUGCUCUAGACUUUCUCCAUAGAGAAUGUGGGAUCAUCCACACUGAUUUAAAACCAGAAAAUAUCCUGCUGUGUCUCACAACUGAACAAAUUAAGGACAUCGUCGAAAAGGGCCAAAUUAAAUAGCGCCAAUAUUAUUCAGAAUAAUUGAACAAAUAUUCUAAGUUGUCUAAAUCAGAUAAAAAGAAAGAAAAAAGAAAAAGAUAAAAGGAGAAAAAAAAACUGCAAUCCAUCAAAUAUAAAUUAUAGUAAAUUGAUUCCAAUAAAAGGUAUAACGUUUUAUGAUGCGUAUUAGGAUCUUUCAAAUUAAAAUUGCUGAUUUUGGCAAUGCUUGCUGGGUAAAUCAUCGUAUGAGUGAAGUGAUUUAAACCUAGAAGUACAGAGCUCCAGAAGUAAUACUGGGUUAAUAUUAUGGAACAUCUGCAGAUAUAUGGAGUCUUGCUUGCAUUGCAUUUGAGCUGGUGACUGGAGACAGUUUAUUCGACACAGAAUUCGAAGAUUAUGAUACUCACCUAAAACAGAUUCAAGAAAUUUUGGGCCCUUUUCCAAUUGAGUUUACUUCAGUCGGAAAAUGUUGUAGAUCAUAUUUUAAACAUGAUGGAGAAUUGAGAAAUGUUAAAGUUAAACAUUAUUGUUCUUUAUAAUAGCUUUUGGUUAAAAAGUAAGAAAUUUCAAUUAAUGAGAUAUCAGAUGGAAAAUUUUGAAGCUGCUUAAUUUGCAGACUUUUUAUUACCAAUGUUAAAUGUAUUUUCUUACAAAAGAGCAACCGCAUCUUAAAUGCUCAAACACCCUUGGAUAAGUAAAUAAUAGUUCAAAUUUCAUUAUUUCAUUGAAGUGCCU